AUGGCACGAACCAGAGGCGCUAAGUCUUCUUCUCCGUCCGCCAGAAAGCCCGCGUCGCGCAAGGCGCCUGUGCAAGCUUCAACCUCUGAGCCGUCGCGGCCAGAAGUUGUUCCGCCGCCUGUGAAGCCCGCUCCAAAGAAGCGCUCAACCAAGCCGGCACUGCAAACGCCGCCGGCAAGGCGCUACCUUACCAGGUCAGGGGGCGGUCCCUGCAAAAAGCCCACUCCUGUGCCAUCUCCGGCACCGCCGGCGAAGCCUCAAGCAAGCCAGCCGCCGCCUCUUGAGCCUCAAAUUCCAUCUGAGCUAGCUCUAGAAGCAAUAAUCAGGAGUCCAAUGCUCACUCAGCCUCCAAUUGAAGGCAAUUUGGAUUGUAGAGCUAGGCCAUUCCAUUCUGAACUGUGUUUUGACACAACUGUCUUUCAGUUGCGCCCAGAGCUUGAAGGAUCAUUCUAA